AUGUCAUCUGCAGAGAAAAAAGUUAAAUUAAGCCCUGUUGAGUCCAGCAUACUUGACUAUGUAGUAAACUUACAUGGCGCUCAGGCCAACGGUCGAAGGUCUGCCUUCAUUGCUAUUUUAAGUCAUGCAUGCUUAAUUGCAAGAGGAGCUAAAUUACCAGGAACUGGUCAUUUGCAGUCCACCUCCAUAUUGCCGAGCGAGUGGGCUUCAAACGAUCCUAUUCGAAUCAACUACCAGCUCGGAAAUGUGGAAGAUUUAAAUCUUGGAAAUUCUGUUCGCGACUCCUCUGAUCAAAUGCUUCAGCUUUCUGUAACUGAAACCGAUGACCAUAUCUUUGUGAAUUUGACAAACACGACAAAUGAAAAAUUUGGUCAUUUGGAGUUGUCAGGCCCUGCCCAUGUUCGCCUUGAAUUCGCAUCGCCGGGUAGUAUCCUUCAACCUAUUGAAAUAUAUUCACAACUUGAGGUCACGCUCUUCGAGAUGGACGAAAACUUAUGGAAAGUGGUGCUCCCAAAACCGGCCAAGUCAAGUUCUCGAGGUACACCAUUUUGCCUAUCGCAACCCAAUACACUUCAUCCAUUGCCAACGCGUUCGCUGAGUGAAGUAGAUCCGACUCUGAGAGACUACGGCCGCAGUGACCUUGACCCUCUAGGGGCAGAAGACUGGACACGACGACUAGGUGGUACUGGUGGAAUGGUUCUUGAUCCUACGCAAGCCCUGCGUCAACCUCGCGACCCCUUCGGACUCCCACGUCCCGGUGGUUUCGGUGGUGCUGGUGGCAUGGUGCCUCCUGGUGCGCGCUUCGAUCCUAUAGGUCCACCUAUAAUGCCCUCACGUGGAAUUGGUCCCCGUGGUGGUCGUUUUAAUAAUCCUGAUCCUGACUCUGCCCUCCCACCAGGCUGGGAAGAUAUGUAUAUGUGA